CUGUAUGUUUUUGUGUGUUCAAACACAAACAUGUAUCCAAGAGAGAGAUCUCUGCACCAAAAGGAGAGUACUUUUGUGAGUCCUGUCCCUCAGAGAAGGAGAACCCCUUCUUUCUCUUCUUCUCUUCUCGACGCCAUUUACCGUUCCAUUGAUGAAUCCGAUGGUGCUGUGCAUGAAUCAGUCCCUUGUCAUUACAGAGAAACAACCAUGAUGAAGAAACAGAGCGUUAGUUCCCGUCGAGAGGAACAGAAAGUCUCGAGUCUUGGUCGGGCCAUUAUGAUUGAGAAUUGGAUGGAGAAGCAGAAGAGUAGUCGUGGGUCUUCGAGUUCAUCGGAUUCUAGCUCCGGUGUUGUGUUUUCUUCAUCGGAAGCAGAGUCGGAGAAACCGAGGAGAAGGGCAGCGCCGGUCAGGCCUAACAGGUGUUUGUUGUUUGAUCGGAGAGAAACGAAAUUCGAUGGGAAACAGCAGAAGCCCCAGAGAGAAGGAGGGCUUACGAAGACGAAGCUGAAAGCUAUGAAAAUAUACGGUGAAUUGAAGAAGGUAAAGCAACCCAUCUCCCCUGGCGGCCGCAUUACCAGCUUCUUGAACUCCAUUUUCAACAGCAAUGCCAAGAAAGUGAAGAUGUGCUCAGUCGGAGCCAUGGACGACGUUAACUUUGAACGCAAAUCAAAAUCUGCUUGCUCCUCGGCAGCUUCACUUUCUCGGUCUUGUCUAAGCAAGUCACCUUCUUCAAGAGGCAAUCGGAAGAAAAGAUCCGUUAGAUUUUACCCAGUUAGUGUCAUCGUCGAUGAAGAAUCCAGACCUUGCGGCCAUAAAUGCAUCAAUGAACAAGAUCCAAGCUUAAUGCCAAGGCGCUCCGUUCAUCAAAAGACUGUUAAAACUUCAACCCGGAAAGACGAACCCAAGAAUUUCGUCAUGGAGAAAGAAUCCGUAUAUCAGAGGCAUUAUCAGAAGAAAAGCACAAGGGAAUUCCAUUACCGCUGCAACGAUGAAGACGAAGAAGAUGAUGAUGCUAGUUGUUCAAGCUCUGAUCUUUUCGAGCUUGAUCAUUUGAUCGGAAUUGGAAGGUACCGGGAUGAAUUACCAGUGUAUGAAACUACUAAUUUCAGAACCAACCAGGCAAUUGCUAAUGGAUUCAUGUUCUAGUCCAAUUUUCCUUAAAAAAGGAGGACUUAAUCAAUGUAAUUAGUUUUC